AUGAUGAGCUCGUUUAUACCAGCCAAUGACCCUGGUCCUCAGCAAGGCUCUAGGCUCUAUCUUGCUUGCUUUUUUGGGAUGCUAGAGCCAGCACGAGAUCUUAUUAAAAGUGGAGCGGACGUUAACGAGCAGAGUGAGCACUGCAACGCUCUCGACGUCGCCUCAUUUCAAGGCCAUCUCGAGAUUGUCAAGCUUCUCUUGGACAACGGAGCAGACGUCAACGUGCAGGGCGGUAAGUAUCAGUACUAUAACGCUCUCCAGGCUGCCUCGUUAGAAGGUCAUCUCAAAAUAGUCAAGCUUCUCCUGGACAAAGGAGCAGACAUCAAUGUACAGGGUGGUCAGUAUGGUAAUGCUCUCCAGGCCACCUCAUUUAAAGGCCAUCUCGAGAUCGUGAAACUUCUCUUAGAAAAGGAAGCAGACGUCAACGCACAGGACGGCCAGUACGGCAACGCUCUUCAGGCUGCCUCUUCAGGAGGCCACCUCGAUAUUAUCAAACUUCUUCUAAAUAAAGGAGCAGAUAUCAAUACACAUAGCGGUAAGUACGGCAAUGCUCUCCAGGCCGCCUCCUCAGGAGGUCAUAUCGAUGUUGUCAAGCUCCUCUUAGACAACGGAGCAGACAUUCAUGCGCAGAGCGGCGUGUACGGUAACGCCCUCCAGGCCGCCACACUAGAAGGCCACCUCGAGAUUAUCAAACUUCUCUUAGAAAAGGGAGCAGAUAUCAAUGCGCAGGAUCGCACAUACGGUAACGCUCUCUACGCCGCCUCAUCUAGAGGUCACCUCGAAAUUGUCAAAUUCCUCUUAGAUAAGGGAGCAAAUAUCAACGCCCGCCCCCAUAACGCUCUUCAAACCGCCUCAUCAGAAGGCCAUCUCGAGUGUGUCAAGCUUCUGUUAGAAAAAGGAGCAGACGUCAACACACAAGGCGGUCAUUAUGGUAAUGCUCUCCAGGCCGCCUCAUCGAAGGGUCAACUCGAGAUUAUCAACCAUCUCUUAGACAAGGGAGCUGAUAUCAACGCACAAGGCGGCUACUACGGCAACGCUCUCCAGGCCACAUCAUCAGAAGGCCACAUUGAGAUAUUCAAGCUUCUCUUAUAUAAGGGAGCAGACAUCAAUGCACAGGGCGGUCAUUAUGGUAACGCUCUCCAAGCUGCCUCAUUUAAAGGUCACCUCGAGAUUUUCAAGCUUCUUUUAGACAAAAAAGUGGAUGUUAAUAUAAAAGGCGGCGUUUGUAACAGCGCUCUCCAAGCAGCCUCGUCGGAGGGCCAUCUCGAGAUUGUCAAGCUUCUUUUGGAUAAGGAAGUGGAUGUGAAUGCAUGUGGCAAGCAUUGUAACGCUCUCUACGCCUCCUCAUUACAAGGCAAUAUCGAGAUUGUCAAGCUUCUCUUGAGCAAAGGAGCAGAAAUCAACGCGCAAGGCGGUUAUUAUGGUAACGCUCUCCACGUCGCCUCAUUGAGCGGCCAUCUUGAGAUUGUAAAUAUUCUCCUAGAUAAAGGAGCAGAUGUUGACGCUGAGGGCGGUCGGUAUAAGUACUAUAAUGCUCUCCACGCUGCCUCAUCACAAGGCCAUCUCGAGAUUGUGAAAAUUCUCUUAGAAAAGAAAGCGGAUGUUAAUUCAAAAGGCGGCUUUUACAGCAAUGCUCUCCAGGCUGCCUCGUUUGGAGGCCAUCUGAAGACUGUCAAGCUUCUCUUGGAUCAGGGAGCAGACAUCAAUGCGCAGGGCGGCUUUUACGGCAACGCUCUUCGGGCAGCCUCACUGGAAGGCCAUCUCGAGAUUGCCAACCUGCUCCAAAGAUCUGGCGCUAUCACGAGACUUCCCGGCUCUAGAACCCCAUUCAACACAGAGAAGAAACUUGGUCUCACGGACUCUGAACCCUCUGAUCAAAGUUAA